CCAAAGUAAUCCAAUCUCCGAAAAUGCGUCAAUUUUUGAUCCUGUGUUCGGUCAUCUCUGCAACCUAUGCGGCCAGUCUGGGCUACAACUAUGAGAGCAACAACGGCCCUGCGCUGGGUGGCGGUCUAAGUAGUGGCCAAAUUGGUGGUCCAAGUUACGGUGGUUUAGCUGCCGCUGGUCCAAGUUACAGUGGCCCCUCUUCCUACGGUCCUAGUUAUAGUGGCCCUGCUUCAGCUGGGCCCAGCUCCAAUGCUCCAGCAGAGGUCAACAAAGAAUAUUUCAUCUAUACCGCACCGGAACAUGAAUUUGAUGAUGCUGGCAAUAAUGAUCAGUUGGCUAACUCACUAAAGAAGAAUUUGCGUGUCAUCUUCAUCAAGGGACCUGAAAACACAGGACUCGAGAAUGCUGCUUUGCAACUGGCUAAAUCGGUCGGUGAUGAUCGCACCGCCAUCUAUGUGCUGAACAAACAAGCGGACAUCGGCGAUUUGGCCAACAAAUUGCAAUCUCUCAACCACCAAAACGCCAACAAACCCGAGGUGCACUUCGUUAAGUACAGGACCCCAGCUGAUGCGGAGAAUGCCCAGCAUGCCAUCCAGGCCCAAUACGACGGUUUGGGCGGUCCCUCCAGCAGUCACAAUGGCGGCGUUGCUCCAGUGUUGAACUAUGCAUCGAAGUCGCCUGCACCAGUUGCCCAGCAGCAGCAUAGUGGCGGACCAAUCAGCAGCAUCGGUAGUUCCUACUUGCCACCAAUCAGCAGCAUCGCUAGUUCCUACUUGCCACCAACUAAGCGCGUAUAAAUCGGUUGGGCUUUGGUGGAUGAAUAAAACAACCGUUGCCGAGGAGGUGAUUUGUUAAAAACUAGUCUUUAAGUAUAG